AUGGCUAACAAUAUCUUUUUCAAAUACCUUACGAAAGAAAAUAUGAUUUCUAUUAUCAAUUAUUUUUCAGAAAAUUUGUUAAUGAAUCUCAUUGAAAAUAAAUGUCAUUUUACACCAAAAAUCACUUUUACUUAUGGAAAACAAGAACCUUUUUUUCCUGUUAAUGUUAAAAAAUAUAAUACUUCUAAAGAAAAACUUUCUGAACGUUGGUCUGAUAUUAAUAAUAUUGUUUUUCCUAUUAAGAUUGAUUCAAAUGAUGAUUUAAAGAUGUAUUUUAUUGAUUCAAUUAUCAAAAAUAUCUUUCCUAAAAUUUUAUUUAUUCAUUCCCAAUAUUCACCAGAAGAAUUAGGAAAAAAGGUUAAUGAUAUUAAUUUUUUCGAUAAUCAUUAUUCAAAAAAUGAACUUUCUUUAUUUUUUGAAAAAGUUCCUUACUUUGGUAUUCAUCAAGACGUAUCUCUUAUUCAUUUACAUAAAAUGAAUAUAACAGAAUAUGAUCAAAAAGAAGUUUUUGUUAUUAACUUUGACAAUAUUGAUCUUAAACAUC